CCUCUCCGCUACUUUGGUUCAGUCCAGAGCAUUCCCGGAAGUAGCGUUUGUAUUUUGAGUCAUGUGAUAUGUGUUAGGAUUUUGCAUCGUUGUUGGUUUAAGGUUUAAUAGCUAGUAGUUUUGCUAUAUUAACUACGUCUUCUGCUGUGAAUUAGCUUAGCAUUUGGAGGAAAGCUAGCAGUUGGUUAAGCUAACUAGCUGCCCCAAAGGGGAGGGAUAAAAGGUAAAGGGACUCUGACAGAAGAGCUCAAAAUAAUGGACAAGAUCGCUAAAGAUGUGGGUGAUAUCCAGUCACGACUGCUGGACCACAGACCGGUCAUCAAUGCAGAGAUCCGCUACUUUAUGAGAGAGUUUGAGGAAAAGCGGGGGUACAGGGAGAGCCGUCUGCUGGAGAACAUCAAUAAAAGUGUGCUGGAAACGAACGAGCAAAUGCCACCAGCAAAUUUCGAGGACAUGAAACAUCAGCUGUCUGACAUCAAUGAACGGUUGGAGGCUGCUAAUCACAUGGUAGAGAGAGUCCAGCAGAGGGAGCUAGAGGCCCAACAGGGCACCCGUCUAAAGGCGAACAUGGAGCAGCUGAAAGAAGACUGGGCCGAGUUCCUGAAGGAGCAGCAGAGAUUAAAGGAGGAGGUGGAUGAAGAGCACGCACGGGCUGUAGGACAACUCAGCGCUAAAUACAACGAAAAGAAGAAGGAGCUGGCCAAGUUUACCCUCUGAUCUGCUGAUGUUCACGUGAGGAUGCGAGUGCACAAUGUGCCCUCUCUUAUUCAGUGAAUACAGUCGGUCCUGCACGCCUGCGUUACACAUGCUAAACAAAACUACUGACUUUGCUCUGUGUGCUUGAUGAAAUAUGAAAGCGUGAUUAACAACUUGUUGUUUUCACAGGCCCUCAAACUCAAGCACAUGGAAUAUGUACAGCAUUUAAAAAAAGAAAAGAAAAAGCCUGGAAUAUGUCAUUUUUAAACAAGCAGUCAUUUGAUUGUUCGUUGGCUGUGAGAUUUUCAACAUUUUAAGGUUUUUAGUGGAUGCCUGCCUGAAGAGUCCUGAUGGUAAAUUAACAUCGUGUCGAAAGCAGCCUUGAGUUUGGCACCGCGGGGAGAUGUUCCGAGCACUUAAAGCGAGGUCGUUAAACGCUCGAGAAGCCCUUGUGGGCAGGUGUGCGUGAAGAAGAAACCGUCUCUCACCACCUCUGCUGUGUUUGGAACAUGUGACCUCUCAAUUUAGCUACAGGUCAACAAACUGUCACGAUAAAAGUUUUUUGCUGAAACCGAUAUGCAGCAGCAGCUUAUGUUGUUUUUUUCUUUCUCCUGCCAUCUCAAAUCGAAUAUUCUUAUAUGAAAACAAAGAAAUAGUUUUUCUGGCUUUAAUCUCCCUGUAGCCUUGUAUGGUCGUCAGGUUUUGUGUGUAGUGUUCCUAACAAGUGUAAGUUUGAGCCUAUGAGCACAAUAGCAUAUAACUGUAGUGAUAUUAACUGGAAAAGAACUAAAAUACUUGACCGUGA